AUGGAGGAAACUCCAGAUUUAGAAAAAAAUAAUGAAGGCGAUACUGUCGAAGUUUUCUAUGGUGACGAUAGCUAUAAGGCAAUUUUAAUUAAACGAAGCGAUAAAGAAAAUGAGAAACAAGAAAAGAAUAAAGUACAGGAAAAGGAAGUCAAAGAAGAUACACAAAAUGAAAAGAGAGAAGGUGAAGAUCAGGGUAAUGAGAAAAUAGAAAUUAAUAAAACUAAACAAAACGAGAAGAAAGAUAAGGAAUCGACAGGAAAAAGAAAGAGAGAAGACGAAAAGCACGAAAAUGAGAAAAGAAAAACAAAGAAAGUCGAACAAAAAGAAGAGAAAGAAAAGACAGAUAGUAAAGACAAUGCAGAUGCAACAAAUAAAAAGAACGAAAACCAAGAAAAUAAAAAAGAAAUGAAAGAAAAGAAUCAAAAAGAGAAGAAAGUCAAUAAAGAUACGAAAAAUAAAAACAAAGAUAAUGAAAUGGAAGGAAAUGAGAAAAGAAAAAUGGAAAAUACAAGAAAUGAGAUGAAGAUUGGGGAAAAAGAGAUGAAGCAAAAAGAAGGAAGCGAAGAUGUAAAAAAUGAAAUAAAGAUUGGGAAAAUAGGCAUGAAACAAAAAGAAGAAAGUGAAAACAAGCAAGAAAAUGAAAAGAAGAAUGUAGAAAAAGAGAAAGAAUACAAGCAGGAAAAUGAGAUGAAUGAAGAAAAAGAGGUAAAGGAAAAAGAAGAAACUGAGGAUGAAAAAAUUAAGAAGAAAGAAAGUGCUGAAGAAGAAAAAGAGAAGACGAAUGGGAAAGAAAACGAGCAAGAAAAUGAGAUGAAUGGAGAAAAAGAAGAAAAAGAAAAUGAGGAAAAUAAGAAGAAAGAAAGUGAUGAAGAAGAAAAUGAGAAUAGAAAUAAUGACAAAGAUGAUGAAAUGAUUGAUGAAAAUGUUACAAUUGAUGAAAAUAUUGAAAAUGAAGAAAGACAAUCUUCUGUAGUGGAAGACUCCAAGAUGGAUUCGAUAUUAAUCAAUUUAUUUGAUGGAAUAGUUAUAACUCCAGAUACACUUAUCUUACUGGAGAGAAUUUCGGAACUCGUACGCAAAAAACUCGGAAGGAAUGUUGAAGACAAAAAAUCAAAAUCACCAUCAUUAACAGAUAAUGAUGAUAGUGAUGUUGAUGUCAAUGCCAUACAUAUAGACAAUGUUUAUGAGGAGCAUAAUUUAAGAAAUACCGAUUCCAGUAAUAUUGAUGAUGAUUCGACUGAAAACGAAAGUGUUGGUUCUUAUACAAAAUCAGUUUCAUCCAGCAGUAACAAUAACGAUAAUUCUGCUAAUUCAAUUAAUGACCCAAAUGAUUUAAAUGAUGAAGAAUUUUAUGACGCUAUUGAAGAAAGUAAUGACGAAAGCGAUAGCGAUAGUGGUUCCGAAAAUGAAAAUAAUGAAUUUGUGGAAAAUGAAGACUUACCAUUGUUUCCAGGAUGCCCGCUAACACUUUCAGAGAGUUUAUUAAGCAUUCUGUCGCUCACACUUCGUUUUACUAUUACUGAUGAAAAUCAACAAUGUACCAAUUGCUUCGAUCAAACUGAAGUCAGUUAUUUUAUGACAAUUUUUGUAAUUUCUCAAUUGAGUGCAUUGUAUGGUAGACGCGGUUUUCGAGAGAAAUUAAAUUACAAAUAUAAUAGACUUAAAUUAGUUGAUGAGAAUAUUGAAGAAAUUUAUGAUGGUAGCGUUUACAAAGAGCUAAGUCAAGAUGGACAAAUAUUAUCCGAUCCGAAUAAUAUAUCAUUCUGCUGGUAUACUGAUGGUGUACAGGUUUUUAAGUCAUCCAAGUUCUCGUUUUGGCCGCUAUACCUCGUAAUUAACGAACUUCCAUAUGAAGAACGUUUCAAAAAAGAAAAUUUAAUUUUAGCAGGCUUGUGGUUUGGGGAGGAAAAGCUGCUCCCAAACUUAUUCCUUCUUCCUCUGUAUGAUGAAAUUCAGCAAAUAGGAAAUGGAGUUCAAUUUAAUUUACCUGGUUAUGAAAAUCAUAUUCAAGUAAAGGGAAUAAUAAUUUGCGGAACAUGCGACCUUCCCGCGAAAGCCCUUUUCUUGAAUAUGAAACAAUCUAAUGGGAUAGCCGCCCGAGUUGACAGACAACCCAUACUUGGUGUAAAAGGUUUUACAAUUCUAUCCCUCCUUGUCUUCCAAUGGAUUAAAACAACGGCACUUGAUGCAAUGCAUUGUGUUUUUGAAGGUGUAAUGAAAGCAAUGUUAAAUUUAUGGUUUAAUGUAGAGUUUGACAACAUGCCUUGGUCAUUAUAUAAUCAUAUUGACACUGCAGAUAGAAGUUGGAGCAGUUUUCCUACUUUGCCAAAAGAGUAUUUCGGAACAGAUGAUAGUUGA